AUGUCGUCGCUGGUGCAUGCGCGGGUGCGGUACUUCGAGGAGAGGAUGCGGGCAGGGGGAUGGGAGGAGGCGGACGAGAGCAAGGUGAAGGUGAAGGUGGACCAAGACAUCCUGAGCCCCGGCCUCGUCAGGCAGGCCAAGAGGAGACUGAGGAAGGAAGAAGCGAUCGGGGAGGAGGAGGGAGGGGAGGGAGGGCAGGAGCCGACGUGGAAGAAGAGGAAGAGUAUGGGAGGACAAGACAAGGAGAACGAGAUGGCGAGGUCAAAGAACGUGAAAGAAGUCAAAGAGAACAAGAACAGCAUGUCUGAUGAGAUCGUCUGUCAAAUCUCUUUCAGUGAGGAGCUCGAAGAGACAGCACCCGACGCGGAGAAGGAGGUGAAGGAGGAGGAGGAGCCAGAUCAGGUGCAAGAGGAAGAAAACAAAGUUGAAGCGAAAAUCAUUCCUCCCUCUGUUGUCACAUGGACUAUCCACCCGUGUCCCUUCUGUGUGAACAAACUCAAGAAAGUUCAGAGAUGA